AAACACAUUAAUAUUCAUCGAAAUCUCACAUAACAAAAUGUCUCACACUUAGCAGUAGCAACCCCGCAAAAACCCUAGCUAGUGUUUCACCUUCCUCCGCCGCAAUGGCCGCCACCGCCGCAGCACGUCCCCUUGUCACUAUCCAAACCCUAGAAGGUGACAUGGCCACCGAUUCACCAUCAACCCUCCCCAUUCCCGAUGUCAUGCGAGCUUCAAUUCGUCCCGAUAUCGUCAACUUCGUCCAUUCCAACAUCUCCAAAAAUUCCCGUCAACCCUACGCCGUCAGCCGUCGCGCCGGUUAUCAAACCUCCGCCGAAUCAUGGGGAACUGGUCGUGCUGUUUCCCGUAUCCCUCGUGUUCCUGGUGGCGGAACCCACCGUGCCGGACAAGCUGCAUUCGGAAACAUGUGUCGCGGUGGUGGAAUGUUCGCUCCGACUAGGAUCUGGCGAAAAUGGCACCGGAAAAUUAACGUGAACCAGAAACGUUACGCUGUUGUUUCCGCCAUUGCUGCUUCCGCGGUACCUUCCCUUGUUCUUGCUCGUGGUCAUCGGGUCGAGAAUGUUCCUGAGUUUCCUCUCGUUGUUGGUGAUUCUGCUGAAGGAGUUGAGAAAACUAAAGAAGCUAUCAAAGUUUUGAAGACGAUCGGAGCUUUUCCGGAUGCUGAGAAAGCGAAAGAUAGCCAUGGAAUUCGUCCUGGGAAGGGGAAAAUGCGUAACCGGAGAUACAUUUCGCGAAAGGGACCGCUUAUUGUUUAUGGUACCGAAGGUGCGAAAGCUGUGAAGGCUUUCAGGAACAUUCCUGGUGUGGAGAUUACUAAUGUGGAGAGAUUGAAUUUAUUGAAACUUGCACCUGGUGGACAUUUGGGUAGGUUUGUGGUUUGGACGAAAUCGGCAUUUGAGAAAUUGGAUUCGAUUUAUGGGUCAUUUGAGAAAGCUUCUGAGAAGAAGAAGGGUUAUGUUCUUCCUAGGGCUAAGAUGGUGAACUCUGAUUUGACUAGGAUUAUUAAUUCUGAUGAAGUUCAAUCUGUUGUGAGGCCGAUUAAGAAGGAUGUUAAGCGUCCAUCGCUUAAGAAGAAUCCUCUUAAGAAUCUUAAUGUUAUGCUUCGGCUUAAUCCUUAUGCUAAGACUGCUAAGAGAAUGGCUUUACUUGCUGAGGCUGAGCGGGUUAAAGCUAAGAAGGAGAAGCUUGAAAAGAAGAGGAAGACUGUUUCCAAGGAGGAAGCUUCUGCCAUCAAGGCUGCAGGGAAAGCUUGGUACAACACCAUGGUCUCAGACUCUGAUUAUACUGAAUUUGACAACUUCUCUAAGUGGUUGGGUGUUUCACAGUGAAGUCUAUUUAUAUGAUCGUGACAGUUUUUUAUUUUGUUUGGUAUUUUAUCGAACUAGAUAUUUUUGGUUUUUUAUUGUUUGGCAGAUUAAGAUUAUUACACAAUAUGCAGACAGCAUGGAAAUUUUGUUCUUGUUUUAAUGCAAACUGUUUGUUGCAGCUGAAUAAAUUAGCUUUUCUACUAUUGAUUUUAUAAUCUGUUA